GCAGAGGGCGUGUCUGAGCCUCAGCUGCCUGUCCGGUAUAAAUACCUUCUGAGCAGGCUUCAGUCUGUCUUCACACCGGCAGCAGCAGCUCAGCCAGGGAGGUCAAACACAUCAUGGCAGCGCCGAAGAAAAUCUGUGUGAUUGGCUCUGGUAACUGGGGCUCUGCCAUUGCCAAGAUUGUGGGUGCCAACGCAGCCAAGUAUGACAAGUUCGACACCACAGUGAACAUGUGGGUGUUUGAAGAGACGGUGAACGGCCGUAAGCUCACAGAAAUUAUCAACACAGACCAUGAAAAUGUGAAAUAUUUGCCCGGUCACAAGCUGCCCCCCAAUGUGUUGGCUGUUCCGGACUUGGCUGAGUCUGUGAAGGGAGCCGACAUCCUGAUCUUCGUGGUCCCUCACCAGUUCAUCGUGAGAGUGUGCGACACCAUUAAAGACCACAUCAAGAAGGAUGCUGUUGGAAUGUCUCUCAUCAAGGGUGUCGACGCGGGUCCGGAGGGUCUGAAGCUGAUCUCAGAGGUCAUCAGAGCGAAACUGGGCAUCACCAUGACAGUGCUCAUGGGAGCAAACAUCGCCAAUGAGGUCGCUGAUGAGAAGUUCUGCGAGACAACAAUCGGCUGCAAAGACAAGACCUGCGGGCCGAUACUGAAGGAGCUGAUGCAGACCACCAACUUCCGCGUGACCGUGGUAGAAGAGUCUGAUGUGGUGGAGAUCUGCGGGGCGCUCAAGAACAUUGUAGCAGUGGGAGCAGGUUUCUGUGAUGGCCUGGGAUUCGGCGACAACACCAAGGCAGCAGUGAUUCGUCUCGGCCUGAUGGAGAUGAUCGCCUUCGCCAGGUUCUUCUGCACAAACUGCCCCGUGUCCCCCGCCACCUUCCUGGAGAGCUGCGGCAUCGCUGACCUCAUCACGACCUGCUACGGUGGACGCAACCGCAAGAUUGGGGAGGCUUUCGCCAAAACAGGCAAAACUAUUGAGCAGUUAGAGAAUGAGCUGCUGAAUGGUCAGAAGCUCCAAGGUCCAGCAACUGCAUCUGAGGUGCACCAGAUCCUGACACAGAAAAAGAUGGUGGACAAGUUCCCUCUUUUCACCGCUGUUUACCAGAUCUGCUUCAACGGUCACCCCGUCACAGAGUUCAUCCAGUGUUUGCAGAACCACCCAGAGCACAUGUAAAGGACUGAUGAAUGAGUGGAAGUUGGGAAAGGACUUUUUACACUAGAAACUACCGUAUUAACCCAGGUGAAGACUGUGCCUAAUCUCGACUACUCCCGCGCUGGAAUCUGAAACAGAAAAGAGAAGAAAAAAAUGGAGCAGUGUUGCCUUCUUUACCUGAGCUGCUGUGUUGACCUGCUUCUGCUGCAUUGCAGACAGUAACUCCUGUUUGUACUGAUUAUAAACGUUCAUGUCACAAAUUGUUGCGUUAGUCUUAAAACCUCUAAAGCAUUUGAAUGACUCUGCCUUACAUAACACACAAACCCCGACCUGAAUGUUGUGAAAUGUUACAUCAUUUCUUUGUUUAAAAGUGCCUUAACUUGCCUUUUUACUGAUGUGUAUGUUAAACAAAAGCACUGAACACACGACAGUCACCACUGUAGAUGUAGCCAAUAAACCUAACAAGAUUUAUUUUGGAAUAAACUACUGAACUCAU